GCUAUGUUUCAGGACUCCCCUGAAUAUCAAAAGCGUACAAAGAGCGACUUCAAGCCAUCAAAUGUAACGAUCCAGCAGGUCCGCUCUGUCAUGCCUAAGGAGCUUCAUCAAGUGUCCACUGCAAAAGGACUGUAUUACACUGCCCAAACCAUCGCGUUCCCAGUUUUAUUCUACAUUUCUUUCCGUUACGUGAAUGAUUGGCCGCUAUCUUACACGAGCCAGCAACCUAAUCAUCUCAUACCAUCGAUCAUACAUUUCGUAUCUUUAUUGGUCUACUGGUGGUGGCAAGGAAUCGCCUUGACUGGUGUCUUCUGCUUAGGACAUGAGGCCGGGCAUGGUAACAUCUCGUCCCACUCAAGGAUUAAUCACAUGGUGGGAUACUUCUUGCACACUUGUCUACUACUCCCGUACUACUCGUGGCGCUCAACACACCAAGCACAUCACAAAGCCACUGGGUCGAUAAAAAAAGACGAGAACUUUGUUCCUCGAACACGAGCAGAGCUAGGCCUUCCUCCGUGGUCGGAAAUAACGGCAGCGGAUUACAAGGAGAUACUCGAGGAAACACCUAUCUACGUUUUGAUCAACCUGCUCGUGACACAGCUCCUUGGAUUGCAGCUGUACAUGUCCAUCAAUGCCGGAGGGUCUCUCAGAUAUCCACGAGGAACCAACCAUUACCUCCCGUCUUCCCCGCUGUUCAAACCUUCAGAGAGAAGGCUGAUCAUUAUCUCCGAUGUCGGAAUCGCGACCAUGUGCGUUGUACUACUGACGUAUGCGAAAUGCUGUGGCUGGUCCGCAUUUCUAGUCGAUUAUGUCGUACCGUACCUGCUCAGUAACCAUUGGAUUGUCAUGCUUACGUUUUUGCAACAUUCCGAUCCCACAAUCCCUUACUAUCGUGGAGGAAAAUGGUCUUUCAUGCGAGGGGCACUGGCGACCGUUGAUCGACUGACACUGGGUUGGAUAGACAGGUUCUUCUUUCAUAAUGCCUCGCACAAUCAUACCGCACAUCAUCUAUUCUCGCACAUCCCUUUCUAUAAUCAGCCCCAAGUAACCAAAAAAUUGAAGGAAGUACUCAAGGAUGAAUACAACUACGAUUCAACGAAUUGCUUCCGCGUGCUUUAUCGAUCAUUCACGCAAUGCUAUUUCGUAGAGGACGAGGGGAAUGUUGUGUUCUACAAGAACUCGCGGGGAGAAGCGGCGCGACAAUUGGCUCCAGAGGAUUAG